AGCCUUAGCGCAGAGAGCAGCAGAGGGAGAGAGAGGGAGAGCGACAGAACGACGGACCGCCAGUCCGUCUAUCCAUCCAGCUGCCUGUGCCUCUGCAGAAGGAGCGCACAGGCACACGCACAGACCAAAACGCGGGCACAUUUGGCACAUACACGUGCACGACGAAAGAGAGAGAGAGAGACGGUGGUAGCGGGUCCCAUGCUCGGUCUGCGGGCUACCGGAGCCUCUACUGUAGUGCUCUGUGUGCAUGUGCGUCUAUGUGCGCGUCCGGCCGCCGCUCGCCUGCCUCUCAUCCCUCCUCUGCGCUCCUCUCCUCUCGGGACAGGAAUAACGGGAUCCAGGGAGCUCUAAUCAACACCGAGGCAGGUUGAGUCCCCCAACAAUGCGCGGGGCCAGCAGAGAUUGCAGUGGAGAAUCAGCAGCAUAGGCGCACACACAAUGAAGAUUGGAUUACAACAACAGUGAUUUUUUUUUUUUUAAUUAUUAUUCGCAGCUGCGCGCUCGCCAAGUGCUAAAACGGGGGAUUUCAUUCAUUUAUUAUUAUUAUUAUUAUUAUUAUUGGAAACGUUGGGAAUACUUAAUUGCCAGAGAUUCGGAGGUUUUCUUUCUUUUCCCCCCAUUUUUUCUUUUAUUCUCCUGUUGUGCAGUGUUUGGUGAGAGUGAUCCAUCAGAGGCUGCAUGGUUUCUCCGAGGAGAGAAGGGACUGUUGCAAUGUCAUCUCACACCACUGUUUUGGAGCUCCGUGGAAGGGAGAUGCUGGGAUGAAGUGGUUUGGCAGUAUGUCCCUCAGCAGCAAAAGGAGUAAGAGGAGGAGUAGAAGGAGUAGCAGCAGCAGUGGAAGUAAUAGCGUGCUGCUCUCCUUGGCUCUCCUGGUGGCCGUGACCAUGAUCGCCGACCCUGCGGCAGCUCAGAAGCAGCGAACCGGCGGUGGCUCGGAGAAAGUGCCGGUCCUGAACAUUGCGGUGAUCCUGGGACGCACACGCUACAUCUCAGACCGGGACAUCCGGGCGCUGUGGAGCAAAGAGGACCCCAUUGACGUCAACGUGGUCACACUGCUGGUCAACGAGACUGACCCGAAGAGCAUCAUCACCCACAUGUGCGACCUGAUGUCUGGGACCAAGAUCCACGGCGUGGUGUUCGGGGAUGGCACUGACCAGGAGGCCAUCGCCCAGAUUUUGGAUUUUAUUUCCUCGCAGACGCUCAUACCCAUCCUGGGCAUUCAUGGAGGGUCAUCCAUGAUCAUGGCCGAUAAGGAUGUGAAGUCGACUUUCUUCCAGUUUGGUGCUUCCAUCCAGCAGGAGGCUCUGCUGAUGCUGAACAUCAUGGAGGAGUAUGACUGGCACAUCUUCUCCAUCGUCACGUCAAAGUUCCCCGGCUACCAGGAGUUCAUCAACAUCCUAAAAACUACUGUCGACAACAGUUUUGUGGGCUGGGACCUGCAGAACAUCAUCACUUUGGACGCGGUGGAAGAAGACAGCCGGUCUCAGAUCAUGCUCAAGAAGGUCCAGUCUCCGGUGGUGCUGCUCUACUGCUCCAAAGACGAGGCCGUCUACAUCCUGGAGGAGGCUCGCUCUCUGGGCCUGACCGGAUUUGGAUACAUCUGGAUUGUGCCGUCGCUCACCACGGGGAACCCGGAAAUAAUGCCGGAUGAGUUUCCGUCGGGAAUGAUUUCGGUGUCGUACGACGACUGGGACUACCCGCUGGAGGCGCGAGUUCGUGACGGGCUGGGGAUCAUAACGUCAGCGGCGGCAGCCAUGUUGGAGGAGUAUGGAGACAUCCCUGAAGCCAAGACUUCCUGUUAUGGCCAGAUGGAGAAGACAACCAAGCUGCCACCCAGCGCACUACAUAAGUACAUGAUGAAUGUGACAUGGGAUGGCAGAGACUUGUCUUUCACAGAGGACGGCUACCAGGAAAACCCAAAGCUGGUGGUCAUUGUUCUCAACAAGGAGAGAGAGUGGGAGAAGAUGGGUAAACUGGACAACCGCAGCCUGACACUGAAGUACCCAGUGUGGCCGCGCUUCAACUCCUUCGGUGACGCCGAGCUCGAUGACAACCACCUGUCCAUCGUCACUUUGGAGGAGAAACCUUUUGUCAUUGUAGAGGACGUAGAAAGGCUCACUGGUACCUGCAUGAGGAACUCGGUGCCCUGUAGGAAGCAUAUCAAAGACAACACAACUGAGGCUGGUGGGACAUAUAUCAAGAAGUGCUGCAAAGGAUUCUGCAUCGAUAUUCUGAAAAAGAUCGCCAAGUAUGUGAAGUUCACCUAUGACCUGUACCUGGUAACCAAUGGCAAACAUGGCAAGAAGAUUAACAAUGUCUGGAAUGGGAUGGUGGGAGAGGUGGUCUAUAAGAAAGCCGUCAUGGCCGUCGGAUCUCUGACGAUCAAUGAGGAGCGUUCUGAGGUCAUCGAUUUCUCCGUCCCGUUCGUGGAAACUGGGAUCAGCGUCAUGGUCUCUCGUAGCAAUGGAACCGUCUCCCCGUCAGCCUUCUUAGAGCCAUUCAGUGCAUCAGUGUGGGUGAUGAUGUUUGUGAUGCUCCUACUGGUGACUGCAAUGGCUGUUUUCAUGUUUGAGUACAUUAGUCCUCUUGGCUUUAACCGAAACCUGGCACAGGGGAAAGACCCCCAUGGCCCUUCCUUCACUAUGGGCAAAGCUGUUUGGCUGCUGUGGGGUCUGGUGUUCAACAACUCUGUGCCUGUGCAGAACCCAAAAGGAACCACCAGUAAGUUCAUAGUGUCAGUGUGGGCCUUCUUUGCUGUCAUCUUCCUGGCCUCCUACACUGCCAACUUGGCUGCCUUCAUGAUUCAGGAGGAGUUUGUUGACCAAGUCACCGGACUCUCAGACAACAAGUUUCAGAACCCAUAUGCAUACUCACCUCCAUUCCGCUUCGGCACAGUUCCGAAUGGAUCCACGGAGAGGAACAUCAGGAAAAACUACCCUGCCAUGCACCAGUACAUGGUGAAGUAUCAUCAGACCGGAGUCGUGGAUGCACUCGUCAGCCUAAAAACAGGCAAACUGGAUGCCUUCAUCUACGAUGCAGCAGUGUUGAACUAUAUGGCUGGCAGAGAUGAGGGCUGUAAGCUGGUGACCAUUGGCAGCGGGUACAUCUUCGCUACCACUGGCUACGGCAUUGCUCUACAGAAAGGCUCCUAUUGGAAACGACAGGUGGAUCUGGCUAUCCUGGCAAUAAUCGGAGAUGGUGAAAUGGAGGAACUAGAAGCCCAGUGGUUGACAGGAAUUUGCCACAAUGAGAAGAAUGAGGUGAUGUCCAGUCAGCUAGAUGUGGACAACAUGGCGGGGGUCUUCUACAUGCUGGCGACGGCCAUGGGGCUCUCCCUCAUCACCUUCGUCUCUGAGCAUCUCUUCUACUGGAGGCUCAGAUACUGCUUCACUGGGGUUUGCUCUGGCAAGCCGGGCCUUCUUUUCUCCAUCAGUCGAGGAAUCUGGAGUUGCAUCCAUGGAGUCCACAUAGACAUGAAGAAAAAGACAGAUCUCGACUUUAGCCCCCAGGACAAAAUGCUUAAGCUCAUUAAGUCUGCCAAGCAGAUGACCAACAUGUCUAACCUGGGUGGCUCCCGCAUGAACUCGCCUAAAAGAGAAUUCAUGCACUCAGCUGGUCCCAUGAUCAUGGACAUGAUGGCAGAGAAGGGCAACUUCAUCUAUGCUGACAACCGCAGCUAUGCUCCCAAAGAUAUGAUCUAUGGGGACACUGGGGACCUGCAGUCUUAUCUUGCUAACCGCCACAAAGACCACCUUAACAACUACAUCUUUCAGGGAGGCCAACAUCCUUUGACCCUGAAUGAUGCCAAUCCCAACACAGUAGAGGUAGCAGUAAGUGCUGACGCAGUCCAGACCAACGCCAAGCCACCCCGGACGCUGUGGAAGAAGUCAGUGGACACGCUCCGUUCGGUACCACCUGGGCCCCCUCCGAUGCCGGACAUGCUGAUGCCAGACCCACGAAUGUCGAUGAAGACACAGCGUUACCUCCCUGAGGACACAGCCCACUCUGACAUCUCCGACUGUUCUAGCAGGGCAGCUUCUUACAAGGACCCAGAAAACAACAAGCACCUGAAACCCAAGGACAACUUAAAAAAAAGAUCGGUGACGUCAAAAUACCCAAGGGACUGCAGUGAGGUGGAGCUGUCCUACUUAAAGACUAAGCAGGUCAGCGGCGGAACCAACCAAACCGGGAGAGGAGGAGGAGGAGAGAAAAUCUACACUAUCGACUCAGACCGAGAGUUGAGCCUCCAUUCAGAUCCCAUUCACUACCGUGAGAGUCGCGGUCUUGCCGCAGAUGAUUUGGAUUACCCUGAAAUUUAUUCUGACCACAGCGACAACUAUAGAAAGUGUGAGCAGCCCAUCAUUCAUCUGAACUCCUCACCUUUGCAUCACCCAGAUUCAGAUCUUCUACCAGACCCAGCUUACUCCAAACACUACAGCCUGAAAGAGAAAAACGUCUCCCUGUCCCCACAUGAAUCCAUUGAUCGCUACAAACAGACACACUGCCGAUCCUGCUUGUCUAAAGUGACUGCUAGCUACCCACCAGGAGGGUCGUACACCCCCACUGGAACUGCCUCAGCUUCCGCCACACGCUCACCCUAUAAUCGGUGUGAAGCAUGCCUCCACACAGCCAACUUGUAUGACAUUAGUGAGGACCAGCUCCUUACAGACCCUUUGGUCAGUCCCACCCUGCACCACCAACAGCAGCACCAACCGGACGACAUGUUUGGUCUGUAUUGGCCACAGACAGAUGGGCCUCAUGUCCAAAAGAGAAACCGCUUGAGGCUGAGUCGUCAGCACUCCUUUGACAACAUCAUGCUCGAAAAGCCCAAGGAUGUAGACUUGGGCCGACCAGCGCGCAGCGUUAGCCUCAAGGAGAAGGAUCGCUUCUUGGACUCCGCGUCUGACUCGCAUUAUGCGAACCUCUUCGGCAUGCGUCCCUAUUCCGGCAGACUGUUUGGCACUGGGUCCAAAUCAAUGUUUAACCACAACCUGGAGGAGAGCAAGAGGAGCAAGUCCCUGUACCCGGCCCAUGGCUCGGAAAACCCUUUCCUCAGCCAUUCACUGAGGGAUGAUACCAGCAGCAGACUGGUCCAUGGGCGUAGCUCCUCUGAUAUUUACAAACAGCUGGCAGUGGCUUCUCCUUCAGCGGUCGUAGGAUCAGCCCCCAUCAAAACACGCAACGAUGCGAACAAUCUCCGCUCUUCUGUUAAAUCCACCACUUCAUACUGCUCACGGGAUGGGCGGAUAGCUAAUGACAUGUACAAUAAAGAGCAUGUGAUGCCUUACUCAGCCAAUAAGACUAGUGCAUACCCAGCCCCACGUGGCGUCCUAAACUCAGCCCAGUUCAGCAAUAGACGGGUGUAUAAAAAAAUUCCCAGUCUGGAGUCAGAUGUUUAGUUGAUGUAAGAAAUAAUGUGUUCUCUCCUUCUUACUCCUCUCUGGGUUUGUAUUAUAAUUUAUCAACUAUGUUAUCCACUAAGGGAUGCCAUAGCCACACUACGUUUUUCUUCUUCUCUUCAACAUUGUAAUCCAAAUGAACUUGUGCCCACUUGGGUAUGACGGUAUUACUACUACUCUCUUUGCAGAUGAUAUCACCAUUUCUGUCCAUUCUCUCCCAUGUACCAGUGAGUUGGCUGCAUGGCCAGCACUCUGCCAUAAGGUACCCUGAUGUAAAGGGGAAAUAAUUGUCCCCUAGGUUUUUGGUGGUAGGAACUGGUGUAGCCUCAUUAAUGGGACCGAGAAGGUAUAAGUUACAGUAAUGCAGGAUUCCUGUAAGAGUUAUUGAGAAAGGGUCAGUUGAUUUAAGAUUGAAAUGUGUGAGGAGGUAGUGAGGAGGACGGGAGAAUUGAUAUGACAGGGGAACUAAAAGGAAGGGAGACCACCACCCACACUCCUUCUCCCCUUUUUUUUUUCCUUUCCACCUCCACUGUCAGGCUUGGGACUCACUAGUUGAGGAGAAGAAGUCUGACAAAGAGACCAGAUGGGCGGGCCAGACAUGGAGGCAUCCCAGGAGGGCAAGGGCGUCACAGUGAGCUAGUCCAACAGUCUGCUGCUUGUUACUCUGACAGAUAUGGCCACUAAGGCACCUGGCAGUGGAAGAGGAGAGAGAGGGAGGACGGAGAUGAGUGGCUAAAUGGCACAGAGUUGAACAUCCAGUGGUUUUGCCACAGUUAGGUAUCGUGUGCUUGGUCAGACUGUGGUUUUGUGUGUUAAGUCCAUCCUCAAGAGACUUGACAGUGAUGAAAAGCUGAGAGUAAUGUAGGUGCUAUCAAAGAAUAAUGUUUACAGACUGACAGAUUAAAGACAGACUGACAAAAUGACUGAUAGAAAAGGACAGACGAGCAGGGAAAACCUGAGGCAAUUGAAGGGCAUUUCAUUUGUGGCGCUGCACAUAGAAAAAUAAUUGCAAAGUAUUGCUUUUUUAUUCUAUUGAACUAUAAGAUUUAUUAGGGAUUCUGGCAUCCGGAUCCCUCUCUGUAGGAUUUUAGUGUUUGCUUAUUUGGUAGCACAAUAGCCAUUAGUUUUAAAAACCUCUCUCCCACAUUUGCUUUUGAAAAAGCAUAGCUUACUGAAAAAUACCAUCAGGAGUAGUAGAUUAUUUUGCAUGUGUUGAUUUCUUUCUGUGUCAGAGAAGAGAAAAUACACACAUAUACACUCUCAGACACAUAUUUUACAUGUUAUUGAAAGGGGCCGUGUCUUGCCAGAUGCGUUGGAUGGAUGUUUGUACAAUCGAAACUUUGAUUCUUGACCUUCGUGCUUAGUAAAUCUGUGUCAUGCUGUGGCUGCAAAAGACUAUGGCGGAAGGGAAGAGAGCAAAGAGGAGAUAAACAAGGGGAAAAAAGGAUGAGAUGACAACUGGGUCCAUCGUCACCUUGUCUGAGGUGGGCACUGAUGUGUAUUUGUCUUUUGACCUCCUUGCCACUGAGAAACAGGGUAUUAGCUAUAAAAAAAAAAAAACACACUGAGGAUUCCUUCCUUCCUUCUUAGCUCUUUCCUUCCCUUCUUCCAUCAACAUGACACAUCACCAGAGUGUUGAGUAACUUUAGAGCCACUUCACUUUAUUUCUUUUUAUUAAAUUGAACUUUGGUUGGUUGAUACAGCAGUGCUACACAAUGUUUCACCACUUCAGUCUAACUGGGGGUUGUGUUGAGAUUUUUUUGGUGGUCCAACUGUUGUUGUACAAUCAACCAGGGCUCUUGUGGACGUGAAGACUACAUGAGAUGGAUCCCUUGUUUACCUUCGUAGCGUUGUUUGGGUGGGAUGUGGGAUGGGAUGGGAUGGGCGGGACGAGAUGGAUGGAGCUGAGGAGGCUCUUCUGUUAUGUGCUCAUCAAUCAUGUAUCCAUCUUAGUGUGGAGUAUGUCGUGUGUGUGCAUGGCAGAUCUUGGGUAAGCUUGAAGUUUCAACCAGAACAUUUGGUUCCUAAUCCGAUUGUUUAUGCAUUUGUUUGUUUGUUUGUUUUUAUUACACUUAGCAGAAAAGACUUGCACAUUCAUAUACUUCCAUGUACACGCGUGCCCACCAAACUCUUUUAUUUUUUUGUAGCAUUAUGCUGUACAAAUUGUACAGUCAAAAGAAAAAAAAACAUAUAACCAUUUUAACUGACUGAUUUGCUUGAUUGAUUGGAUUCACAAAGCCAAAUUGUAUCAAAUAAAAUACCUCAGGAUGAUUCUGUGCGUUUUGGGGGAGCUAACAGUAGCAACAGAACAUGAUGUGCCGCAAAUUUUUUGUAGAAAAAAAAAGUUUAAAAAGAAAAAAAAAACAACAAUUUAUAGCGGCCAUAAAAAGCAGAAUCAAACUUUUCUCCUUUUGAUGUUUACCAGUCCAAGGUCUUCCAGUUCGGCUCGCUGCCCGAGCUCUUGCAAUGCAAGUUAAAGAGAGGAGAAGAGGAAGAGAAGGAGGCAUGGUGGUAGGGGGCUUAGGUUGUUUUUCUCAGUGUGGGGUGUGUUAUGUGCAGCUCCACGUCUUGCCAAACUGAGCACCCUUAACAGAAUGAAGGAUGUUGCAGAUCCCAAAAUCUGAAAAGCUACCCUGAUGUGGAGUACUCAAAUGGGAAUCUCUCUCUCUCUUUCCAUGGUUUUUAAUGGCAGUAAAUUCCAUUGGCCACUGUUUCAAUUGAAGCUCCAUCUUUAACAUCUUUGACAACCACUGUCAUAUUGCCCUUUUUGUACUCUUGGAAUACGGCAGUGAACCUCUCCUUGCUUCCCAAUCAGCUUGCCCGGUGUUGACUGAUGAGCAACAUUUGUCCUUUUUUGCAUCUUUAUCUGCAUAUUUAUUAUUAUCAUAUUUAUCUCCACAUGCUGCUUGCGUGAGCUGAUAAGUGAACAAUAUGCACAUGUAAAAAUAUCAAACGGCACCCUUGCGUUUUAUGAACUCAUGACAAUUUGUUCAAUUUGUUCUACUUCUACAGAACUGUCAUGUAAACUGAUGCUGUUUUAUGUUCAAAUGCACACACACAAACACUCUCAGACACACCCUUGUGAUGACAACCCUGCUCUUUUUAAUGGCAAAAAUGUAUUUUAAUUACAUUUAAUGAUAAAUAAUGAGGUGAUGGCAUGCAACCCCAGAUGUAACAAUUUUAAUGUUUUAUGUUUCUUUUCUUUUUUCUGUUUGUUCUUUUUGUUAUGAUGUUAUGAUCACUAAUGCGUUGUAACCAGGUGUGAGUAUAUACAUAUUUGAGAGAAAAAAAAAAUAUCUGUGUUUAACACGAUGAGGAUGCUGCUGCUGUUUUGGGGGAGAAGGCGAGGACCUGACCCCAGUGCAACUUCCUCAUUGUCCGACUGGUCGUUAUCAGGCCAGGUUUGGCCCAGUGGAGUGUCGGGUCAGGGGGGUCAGGGCUUGGCUCGGUAUGGCGGGACAUCCUUGCUCUUCCUCCAAUGGCAGGUGAGAAUUACUGUAUCACCAGCUCUGCUUCUCUCUUCCCUCUCUAUCAUGUGUAGUCAGGACUUCAACUGUAAAGAAGAUAGAAGAAAAAAAGCAACCCUCUACUUUGAGUCCGCUAUCCCUCCAAAGAUACAAGACCUCUUUCUUUAUGGUUUGCUGUAAGAAUAGAGCUUUUUUUUUAAACAACAACAAAAAAAACUAAUACUUCCUCAAAGACUUUUAAGGAACUAUUUUGAAUAUACUUAGAAAUGACACCUGUAUACAUCGCUUGUAAAUUCAUACUGGAAUACAUCAUCAUGGAGAAUUAUAAAUGAUAAAGAGUAAAAACAAUAUUUUUUGUGUGAAUUUCACAAGAGCUCUUCUGUACAGUGGCACUGUUUCUCUCUCUCUCUCUCUCUCUGUCUCUCUUUCUAUCUCUCAAUCUCUCUCUCUCUCUCUCUCUGUAGAGCGACUAGAAUAAAAUUUCACCAUUCACAA